GAUGUGGGAUAAACUCGCCAUCAAAGAGGGUGUGUUGGUCUUCGAUUUCGGCCCCACGUACCUGAGGAGGAUUGUUGUUCCCCAGGCGUUAGUUACCGAAGUGCUGUCGGAACUGCACCAACAGCUGGGACACGCUGGAAUCAAUAAACUCGAAUCGGCGGCGCGUCAACGAUUUUGGUGGACGCACCAACGAAGAGACAUUGUCAACUUCUGCCAAACUUGCGAAAGAUGCGCGACGUUCAAAAAUCCGCCUAUUGCUCAUAGGGCACCAUUACAAUCCAUGACAGCAGGUUACCCGAAUGAAAUAGUUGGAGUAGACCUUGUUGGUCCACUACCGGAAACGCCGAGAGGGAAUCGCUACAUUCUAGUCAUGGUAGACUACUUCACCAAAUGGUGCGAAGCCGUGCCAAUCACACAGGCUGAUACUCUCACUGUGGCAACAGCGAUGAUUAACCACUGGGUUUGCCAAUGGGGAGCGCCUGGGCAAUUGCAUUCCGAUAGGGGAUCAUGUUUCGAAAGCUCACUGGUCCAGGAGAUGUGCAGAGUACUCGGUAUUGAUAAAACGCGAACGACGGCCUACCAUCCACAAGGGAACGGACAAGUUGAACGUACGAAUCGGUCGUUGAAGUCACUCUUGAAGGCGUUCGUGGACCAGAACAUUUACGAGUGGGAUACGUUAUUGCCUAAAUGCUUAUUGGCCUAUCGCAGUACGGUCCACUCUUCUACCGGACAAACGCCGUCGUUUAUGUGGACGGGUAGAGAAGUUCGGUUGCCCUCGGAUGUCCGAUUACCGAGAUCACAACAGGUAUACCCGUCGGUUGUUGAAUAUGUCAGCAAACUCCUCGACUCCGUUCGACGCACACACGAAGCGGCACGCAUCCAUUUGGCGAACGCUCAACGGCGACAGAAGGAAUACUACGACAAGAAGGUCUUCGGUGUCCCGUUGAAAGCAGGCGACCUCGUAUAUUUGCAUCAGGCACCGGUAUCCGGAAUACCAGCGAAACUGCAUCGUGAGUGGGCUGGCCCCUACGUGGUAGACCGAAUAAUUUCUGAUCUGACUUGUGUGGUUAGGGACCCAAAGAACGCCGUUGGGCCGUCCAUGGUCGUACACUUUAAUCGGCUUAAACCUUUCCAUAUCGAAUCUGAGCAUUCGGAUGAGGAACAUCACAAUGAGCCACCGAUAGAAGUAGCCACCGAAGUUGAAGUACCAGCUCAAGGGGGCUUUGGUGUGGCAACGGGGACGUUGCCUAUAUAGAAGGGGUGCAGUGUAAAGAGUGAUCGAAACUAGUUCGGCGCGUGGUUGAAUUUAAAUCGUUGCUCUGACGACAACUUUUCUGUCUGCAUUUCAGAAAGACACUCCUGCGCCAUUAUUGAAGAAGGACAGAAACCUGAAGCGAACAGUUGACUAGCCUACGUGUUACGUAAUAGAACUUACGUCUCAAUCCUUGUGGUUCUCCCUUGUCUGCAUU